AUGUUGACGCCAACAUUGUGUGUGGCCAACUGGGAUAUUCCACCGGGCAAGCAACUUCAGGAACCCGAUGGGGCUACAGCAAGAAACCGAACAACCUACCAAGGUGGAUAUUGUCCCAUUUUUAGAUAUGCUGGAGUCAAGUGCAAUCCAGGUGUUCGGUUUACUAGAAAUGGUUCACCAACUACCAGCCCCAAUGGCUACUUACAAGUGUAUGACAGUUCAACUAAACGAUGGGGUCCCGUUUGUGGUGGUUCUGCCUGGGGCAACAGACAGCGAACAGAUGCCUGCCAACAAGCUGGGUUUGGCCCUACAUAUCCUGUUAAAGGAACGCUUUUAAAAGGAAUGGUUGCAAGCGCGUAUCAAACCAGUGCCUACUGUGUUAGCAGCACAAAGAAAAAUACCGACUGCAAUCAGGGCGUUCAGUGGGGAGCAUCUACCUGCACAAAGAGCACUGACAAUUUGUACAUCAGCUGUCAGAAACCAAUCCGUCUUGUUGGUCGCAAUCAAUAUGAAGGCCGAGUGGAGGUAUUCAAUGGAGGUGUAUGGGGCACAGUGUGUGACACGACUUGGGAUGACAAUGAUGCGCAAGUUGUGUGCAAGCAGCUGGGGUACAACUACGGUGGUACAGCAUAUGGUAGUGCGCGCUAUGGUCGAGGUCGCGGUCCCGUCUGGCUUGACACCGUGAACUGCUAUGGCAGUGAAAACGCUAUCACAGACUGCAAGCACACUCCGUUGGCUAGAGAGUCAUCGUACAGAGUGAUCAGACACCCGGAGCCCACUAUUGCAAGAUCAAGUCAACGAUGA